AAAGAGAAAUUCGCUCCGCGCCGCCGCCAAAGCCUCGGCUCUGGAUGGUUUCGGGGAAGUGCUAGAAACUUGGCCAUAAAGAGAAUGGCGUCCAUUUACAUAAUGCUUUGUCUGCAUUUUGCAAGUCUCUCGUUAAACCCGCAGAAACCCCACCUCCUGAGCUGGUGUCGUUUUAGUCGCUGCCGCCUUGUCAGACAUUUAAGACAAUGGCGUGCAUCUUGGGGGACCGCAUUUACCCAUGCUCUGAGGAAUUCUUGCGGUUUUCCCCGAGCGGGCUAGGCUCCCGCUACUGCCUUUCGGCCCUUUGCCCACUUGGUGCAGCCGCCGCGCCCGCGCUCUCCGGGGGCGGCCCCCAACCGGGCCCCGCCAUCUUGGAAGGCCUUUCCUGCCGGGUGUCGAGCCGCGAGUUCUCUCCCUAAAGAUAGGUCGCCGGGGCCAUCGGUGUGCCAGUUGUGAUUUCUGCCCCUUCCCCUUUCCUUCGGCUAAGCCAGGCAGAAAAGACCUUGUGCGCGGCGUGCUUCAGGAUCCCUCAGGGAAAGCGGCCAACGUGGCGGCCCCUCCAUUCCUCCUUCCCCCCUUUUCUCCCUCCGGGGGUGGCCGCCAUGUUUCCUGAACACAAAAUGGCGGCACGUGGCCCGGAUUCCUCGCCAACGAGAAAUUGGGGUCGACCCGAAAGCUCUAGAACGCGUGCCCGCGACCCCACCCCGGCACCCCGUGGUGGUGGCCCGGGGCCUUCUCGCGCUGCCAGUGCUCUGACCAGACAGAUAAAACCCCUCAGGGUAGUCCAAACCUCGGCAGGCGAAUAUUAAUACAUUUAUUUCACUAAUCGGAAAUGGGAAUGCGAGUAACUAAAAUAUAGGCAUCAUACCGAAUCUGUCUCUUAUUUCAAGUUUAAUAAUGGAUGAUCAGGAGGUCAGUACCAAUGCAUAAUCUGGGUCCCCAGAACCAAAACAUUUAGGAAUUGAUUCUGCGAGAAAUGAGAUGGGAAAUGAAAGCUUUUUAGACUUCUAGCAUAGGCUAUUGUGCUGGAGAGAUAAAGAAAUGGUAUUAUAAAGCUUCUUUAAAAAAGAAUUUACAUGAUACCUGUGAGCUUUUCACUGGCCAGCUGGCCCGUGAACCUAAGUUUACCGUAAUUGUUAACUUGUAGGCUAGAAGGGGCAGACGUUUACAUUUACCACCGCCAGAUCCUGUGCUAGCCAUUUUACCGCAUAAUGUCUUUAAUUUUUUACAGUGAUCCUCUGAGGUACUUGUUCUCUCUCUCUUUUUUUAACAGACGAAAUCACUUAGGCCCAGAGAGGUGAAGUGACUAAUUGAAGGUCACACAGUAUCGAGGAUGGAAUCCAGACCUGAUAUACUUAAUUGACCUGCACUAUCUUGUGGAUAUGUGAGUGAAUUCUACACCACCCAUUUUACAGAUGAAGCCACUGAAAUACAGAGCAAUAGUCACCACCCCGCCCCUGGAGCCUCACACAUGACUCUUCUCCCACUUGAGCGUCUGACUGCAGGUGGUCUUGUCACCGUAACAUGGUAGUUGAGAGUGUGACUCUGGAGCUAGCCUGAUGGGGCCUGAAUUCUGACUCAGCCACUUAUUGUGUGACCUUGGCUUCCUGAGCACAUGCUGUCAGAAAAUCCUGCCUGGACCAGCCCCUCCCUCACCUUGGACUUUACCUUCAUUUCCUCUUUCUGCAUCUGCUGAAGCUGCCAGCCAGCCCCUUUCACCCCCUGGUGGUGUCCAGACACUCCUGAGAGCCCAGCCUGGGCUCCCUGAGGGCUUGCCAAGAAAGUCAAGUAGAAUGUGCACACUCCUAGAGUCCCUCAUGAUGAGAACUCCCAUGGUGAAUUGUGAUUGAUUUAUAGUCAGCAUAGCAUGUUGUGCCAGUUGAAACAGGAAGUGGUGAAUGGGGUGAUGCCAUCAUGGCCAAUGGUAUCAUCAGCUUCUGGAUCCAAGUAAAGAGGACUUCUCUGAGGCUUCUUUCUCCAGAUGAGGAAGCUGAGACAUGGAGCUGUAAAGUACCUAACUCAGGGUUCCCGUGGUGGCAGUCUAAGCUUGGCCUCUCACAGGGCUCAUGGAUGCAAGCCACCUUCUGAGACUGAGAGGAACUGAGGAGCUGAGGCGGUUUGGCAGAAGUGGACCAUGAGGGACUGAGAAGGAACCUGAGAGGAUGAGGCUGUCUCAGAAAGACCGUUUAAAAAAAAAAAGAGUUUGGAAGCCACUGAUGUACCAGAUGAAGGCAGCCCUGCCAGGCCUGACAUUCACAGCCAUUGAGGACAGCGAGUGCUGAGGAAGAGUAGGCAGUGCGUCCUGGGAAAAGGUGAAGAGUCCUGGAGUACAGUAGCCGGUCUGUCCUGCAGGUUGUCAUAGCGCUCACUGAAGUGAUGGAUGUGAAAUGACUUUUGCCAAAAUGAACGCCAGACCUAAUCAAGUGAGUACCACGACCCAAGUCCCAGGGACCUCCCGUUUCUAGCCCAGAGCAAUGGGGAGAUUGACUUCAGUGUCCACCAUGACGGUUUGAAGAGCCACAGUUGGCAUCUAGCAGUUCUGUUUUGCCAGCUGACAAGCCACCUUGCCUCUUACUGCCCUGGGUCACAUGCCAGCCUCCUCACUCAUUCCCACUUCCAGGGGACCAGGUGUUCCGGGGAACGAAUACCAGGGAGCCAUGAAGACACUAGGUCAGUUCUCUGGACCAUGGGACAGUGCCCAUCCCAGGGGCUGGGAGUCUGUCCGCAAAAGUCCACUUGCACAGGGGGCUUCCUGGUCUUGUGGGGGUGGGGCCGUUUCUCUGGGUGCAGGGUUUGCAUUGUGCAAUCUUCUCGGAGACCCACCUGCCCUUGACACCUUUCUCAUGACUCCACUUCCCCCUCCUCUGGGCUUCUGCAGUGGCAUGAUGGCCCCACCUCAGCCAGGCAGCUGUGAUGGGAGGCGCUGACCCAGCUGCCUCUCUGCUGGCUCACUGUGUCAGGUGGAAGGGGCUGAGACAGCCACAGGGCUCAAGGUCCUUUGGCAUGGUGGGGACCCAGGGACUGCCCAGAGGCAGGACUGGAGUCGGGGUCCUUGGGGACUCAGCCAGGCGCUGCUGAUGAGUGGUACAGGGAGCUGGUGAGAAACAGGCGCUGGGCCAAGAAAAACAGCCCAGAGCCACAGGUGUGCUGCUGGUUCUCGGUCCUCUCCUGUCUUCAUCUCCCCUGUUUGGUGACAGCACUCAGCCAGGCCUGGAGCCCAGCAGAGAGCACCUGCUGGCCCCGGAGUAAGUUUCUCCCCAUAGACCCUGAAGGCAGUCAUGCACGCUGGCUCACCGCAGGUGGCACACUUGUCAGUGAACUAGCACAGUACACUCCACACUCGCUCAAAUGGGAGCGGGCACACGAGCGGAGGGGGGCAGAGCAGGAGGCUCUGUGGACAGGUGACAUUUAAGCAGGGCCAUAAAAGUGGGUACCCCCAACAGUCCCAGUUUCCUUGCACAGGCCCCAGCCAGGCGCCGGCCCUAGGCCUCCCAGAUCUGCCUCUGGGCAUCUGUCGGGUGGCUCAGGGUGGCCCGGCACAGCCCCACCUCCACCCCAGCAAGAGGUCCUGCAGCCACCCUUCUCCAUCUGAGGCCUUCCAGACUCUCACCACUGGCUUUGCUAAUAACAUGGUGGACGUUUACGCCUCUUGGAACGAAGGAGUGGAAUUCCCUGGCUGCUCUUUCCAUAAAUGACCCACUAAGAGGGUAGGAGUAGGAGGGCUGCAGCGCCUAGAGACAGGGCUCUUGGAAGUUUCCUGGAAAGUGAGCCAGGAGGAGUCGAGCAUGGGGCCCGCCCAGAGCUGGAUCCCAAUUCCGGACCCCGGCACCCACUCCCAGAAGUUCAGGAUUGGCACCAGCCCACUUCAGAGCCUUAAUGAGGACGCACAGGCCAGGGCCUAGCCCACAAAUGCUGACUCUGAAUCACGUGUGAUCAACAAGGGGAAAUGACUUUAGCAAUUGUGUUCAUGAAAAAUGCUUGUGUGUGUGUCCCCUUCUUUAAAAACCUAUUUCUGGGCAUUCUUGAUUCUGGGACCCUGUUCCAUCUCUCUCUGAAGGAGAAUCAUAUGGUGUUCAACACUUGGUUCAGAAAAUACUGGAAAUACCCACCCGUGCAUCACGCCAAGCAAGAGUGCAGGAAAUGUAAGCUGCUUUCCUUUAACCCCCUCGAAGGGGUCACUUGAGGUUGAGGGCAAAGGGGCUUCCCCAGUCUAGAAGCUGAUGGGCCUCGGGCUCCUGCCUCCCCCUUCCUCCUCCAGCUGAUGACAAACACCAGGAUGUCUCAACGUCCUCCGUGUCCUCAUCUGUUAUUCUGGGACACAGCCUGGGGAAGGUACCUGAGUAAGGCCCCCCUGAGCGAGGCUGGCUCUUCUUGCCACGUGGGCUGGCCGGUACCGGCCCCGUGGAUGGAGGCAGAAGGGUGAGGCCCUGAUCCUGCUCGUUGGACAGGAUGCUGGCAGGAGGGUGGGAGGAGCAGGGGUGGAGCUUCCAGAACAAAGGCGAACAGGGAGCCCUGGGGGCCCAGGUAGGCAUCAAAAAGGCUCUGCAGAGCGAGCAGGCCACAGCAGCUGCCCGCCUCUGCGCCCAGCAGUAGGUCACACAACCCUCGCCUGGUUCCUCCUGCCUGCCCCGGACAGGCACCAAGAACACUUCGCGUAGAGAGGCCCUGUUCUCCAGCGUGAUUGCGCCCACACUGCUCUGUGGCUUUCUCUACGUGGCGUGGGUUGCUGCUGCAGUUCCAGAGGACAGCAGAGGGAUGGCCGGGAGCCAAGCCAGCAGCCGGGAGGGCCGUCGGGAGCGUGGCUUUGUCCCAGAGCCUUUCGAUGGAGCCAGUGCGGCCCCGCACCUCUGGCUGCACCGCUUUGAGGUCAUCAACGACCUCAACCACUGGGACCAAGUCACCAAGCUGAGGUCCCUGAAAGAGUCCCUCAGGGGCGAUGCCCUGGAGGUCUACAGAGGACUGAGUCCCGAGGACCAGCAGGACUAUGGGGCUGUGAAAGAGACCCUCCUGAAGGCCUUUGGGGGGCCCAGGGCCACCCACAGCCACCUGCCCAAGGAGAUCGUCUUUGCCAACAGCAUGGGUAAGGGUUACUACCUCAAGGGGAAAAUUGGCGAUGUGCCCGUGAGGUUCCUGGUGGACUCCGGGGCCCAGGUCUCUGUGGUCCACCCGAGCUUGUGGGAGGAGGUCACCGACGGUGACUUGGACACCCUGCGGCCCUUUGAGAAUGUGGUGAAAGUGGCCAACGGGGCCGAAAUGAAGAUCCUGGGCAUCUGGGAUACAGUGGUGUCCCUGGGCAAGCUGAAGCUGAAGGCAGAGUUCCUCGUGGCCAACGCAAGUGCGGAGGAAGCCAUCAUUGGGACCGACGUGCUCCAGGACCACAACGCCGUCCUGGACUUCCAGCAUCGCACGUGCACACUGAAAGGGAAGAAGUUCCGCCUGCUGCCUGUGGGAGGGUCCCUGGAAGAUGAGUUUGACCUGGAGCUCAUAGAGGAGGAUCCCUCCUCAGAGGAGGGCAGGGAGCAGCUCUCCUGUUGAGAAGCCUCCUUUUCCUCACCUCCCCAAACACUGUCAGGAAGACCCACUUGGUGGAGCAGAAGGGCAUCCCUGGGGGUCACUUGGGCUCCACCUCCUCCUCCUAGCUCUGCAGGGGCCUUAAUCUGCCCUUGAUGGGGGAGGCUUCCCUUCAGAAAGGAAGAGGUAAGGGAGAGCAGGUUGGCUUUCUUAGAGGGGGGAGAGGGUCCUCAUGGUUGUCAAGCUGCUGUUGGUGGCAAAAACUCGAAGGCUAAAAGAAGGUUCCAAGAAGGCUAGAAAUGAUUAUCUUUGAGAGAGAACUGGGGGACCCCUUCAGAUCCCCUGAGAUGUGACUCCAUCACCUUCAGGCCCAGGUAACCUGUCUCAGCUGGGUUUGGUCCUGGCUGCAGGGUCCUUGCGAGCAUGACCCAGCCCCCUUGGUGAGGGUCACGGCUGCUCUGGGAUUCUUCGCUGUUGGGUCUUUUUACCUGCAUGAUGUGUGUUUCCUUCUGUCAUUUGCCUUGAAAGCCAUUGGAUCUUGUGCCAGUAAUUCAUUACUUCAAAAACCAAUAAAGAUUGACUCAUGGAAAAA